CAUUUCGUGCAUAUAUCCACAUGAUAAUUCUCCAUCAUGGUCGUGUUACCAGUACCACUUGUGUAAUCAGAGGCUUAUUCAUGCAUGGAAAAGCAAACAACUUAACCAACCAGUUUGUUUGAUGGAGAAUAUCUAUCCAGCCAUCCCUUCUGUUCAAAUAAAAUCAAUUUACAGAUAUCUCCGCACUACGUACAUAUUUACGAUGGGAAGGGAAAAAUCAUGUGAUUAAAAUAAAUUUGUGACCGAAUAGGUGAUAAGUUUGGCAUAAUAAUAACGGAUGAAUGGAAGACCGAUCUCUUGGUCAGAGUGGACAAGCUCCACUCUUUGUCGAAAUUCAGAAUGUGGACAUAUCCAGCCUGGAUUUUCAGGGGGGAGGAUUUGCCCUCGGAUCUUCUUCAAGUGGGACGACAAGUUCGAAGGCGAGACAUGUAACUUUUGUUGAAGCAACGACCCUUUUUCUCUACGUGGGAUCCACUUCCGGCACGGUUUACCUCUUUUCCCGAGACACGCUCGACUUCCUCUUCAUGAUUCCGUUCACCGGAGGGAAAGUGUGUAACGUGGUGGCGUCCGGGGAUGAAUCCGAAGUCGCCGUGGCGUCAAUUCGGGGUCGCGUCGCGCUGUACAGAAUUUCGCCAACGAUUCACGUACUCCAAUCUCGACGGGAGAAGGAGCCGAGAGGAAUGCGAUCUUCACCGGGAGACGCGUUCAGACAUUUGUACGACGUUCCGUACCACGUGAACAAUGAGGUCACGGAGAUGAGAUGGAGUCCAAAUGGGAAGUUCUUAUUUGUCGGGGACAAUCAAGGAGUUAUUUCACAGACGGAUGUCGCCAGCUUGGACGAAUUUCCCCGACCUCCCCCAUCCCGAAUAAUCCUCCGUCUGCAAUCCCGAAUUUUGCAGAUUGACUGUUCCUUCCCAUACCUCGCCAUUUCCACUCUCGCCGCCACGUUUUUGUGCGACCUGGAAAAAGAGGAUUUCACCCGAAUAAUUCAGUCCGACGCUAACAAUUCUUCUAAGCGGGACAUCAAAUCUGCCGGGUUAUGUUUCGUCCCCCUCGAAGUCCAAGGAGGACGAGAACACCUGCUCAUUGGAGAGGUCGAAACGGGGCGAAUUUUCCGCUGUGGGAUGGACGGUGGCGUCAUUUCCUGUCAGAAAGUCGACCUCUCCCCCGGAACACGCGGACCUGUUGGGUUUUUCGACCCGAAAAAAUGUGACCCGCCUCGAUGCCCGGGAACUUAUCAAGAUUUUAAUUAUUCCCCGAGCAAAAUGUUCCCCACGGAGGACGGGAAAUUCAUAAUUUCCGUUUCGAGCAACCGAAUUUUUCUGUACGAUGCCAAAUCUUGCCAAAUUUUAGCGUGGAAUGAAGACUUUAAUCGGAUUAAUUCUUUGAAAAUUGUGGCAAAUUAUGGUUUACUCUGGUAUGGAGGGAAAUUGCAAGUUUUCGCCCUCACACCGUUCAGAUCGUAUGGGAGACAAUUGUUUAAAGCGGGGUUAACAUCGUUGCUGGAAAAUUGGAUAAGUUACACGUUAUCAUUGCUUGGAUAUCAGGGUCAAACUGAUGCUCAAAAUAAUAACAAUGGAAAUAACUACACAGCGAUAAAAGCGUUUCGUGAAAUGAUGUCACCGAUCGAAGAGGACGAUGAAUUUUGUAUUUUUGUCGGAAAUUUCGUACCGUUUGACCUCAUUGACCCGGAAGCGAAAAAGAGAAAGCUCGAGGGAGAAAGUUACGACAAGAAGUUGCGGAGAGGCGUUAAAAAAUUGGUGGAUUCCGUAAAAAGUACGGAAACUGAUAAAAACAUUAAUUUUUCUACAAAAAUUCGAACAAUGUUGACCGCAGUUACAGAAUUUUAUAUGGAAAUGUUCCCAUUUUUAGGAACAAAUAAUAAUAAGGACGGGAAAAUUUCUAGUUUGACUCUAUUACGCGUUUUAGCGUCGACUCAUCUCUUUUUAAAGCAACGCGAAGUGACCACCUUAAAACAAGACUUGGCCAAAUAUUACUUGGAAGAAAGUGUGAUAAGUGGUGUUUGUGGUCCCAUAUUAAAAUGUGUACAAAGUGGAGGAGGGUCCCUUGAUAAGUCUGAAAAUGAUAAUGAUAUCUCUGAAUUUUGUAACUUUCUCCACCUCGCGAAAAAUCUGCUGGUACAAAAAUACUUUAAAGAUUUAGGAAUCUCACCGGAAAUGGUGGCGCAGGACGCGUUAGUGGCCGACGUGACGGUACUGCUGUUACCACUUAUCUCGGAUAAGGUGCUUUAUGCAAAUUACAUGGCAUCCUUUGAGCCCGUCUUGUCCAAGAUGUUCUUCACGUGGGUGGUCAUUCUCACCUUUUUUGAGGACAAGACACACCUCCUCCCGUUUUCUGGGAUGCUUCGAGCAAUUCAAAAUCCGCAAGUUUUUGACAAAUUAGUUGACCAGAUUGUGUCGAGUGUUUAUCGUGAAGUGAUAUUUCCGAGGGGGGACGAAACCAGUGUACAAAUUCAAGCGGUCAAUUAUUUUCCGCAUUUUGUAACGUUUGCAUUGUUGUAUGCGAAAUGUGGGGAAAUUUCGAAAUUGGUGGGGGCGCCGAGGAGUAUGAGCAGCCUGGUUUUGAAUUUGUUUCCAUUGAAGAGGAGCGUCAAGGAGGAUUUGGUGCAGAAAAUUAUUCAGCUUUCGAGCCUGAAUCCGGUCCUUUUUAAGAUGUUGUAUAAGGGGUGUUUGGAAGAUGGGAGGAGUUUGAGGUUGUGUGGGUGUGGGAUUCAGGGGGGUUUUGGGACCUUGGAGGGAAUAGUUCCACCGUUUCAGAGAGCCAUUGAGGAAGGUGUUCUGCAUGUCUUGGUGGGACAGUAUUUCGAAAGAGGAGAUGUACUGCCCUCGAUAAAAAUGCCGAUCCACCUCUUUGCCAUGAGACGCUGCCUUAUCCUCCCCUAUCUUCAGAGUUCCGUCUGUGAUGACAUCCUUCCCGAUCAUGUAAAGCUUUUGAUGUUGUCCAGGUCCAGAGUUUGCUCAGGGUUGGAACAUAUCUCGUUCAACCUGGAAAAUUUACAAGUCAUUCGAGACGCCGUGACCAAACGGAAAAAGGACAAAUUCGCUUCUGAGAAAGAAGCUUGUUCAUCUUGUAGGAAAGAACUGCUUUCUAAUAAUUCGGCCUUUGAAGGGAUUUCAAUGGACUGCGUUGGAGUCUGGAUGAUAGAAAAUAGCGAAUCGAUAGAAAAAUUUAUGGAAAUUUUAGAGAAAUUGGGACUCAAUUCGAGAGGGGAAUUUUCUCUCAGAUUUUUCCAAUUGAUCAUAAGACGAGAAGAGUUGCGGAAUAAGAAGCGGAGAAAGGAGGACGCUGGACUUCGCGAUGUCGUCAGUUUGUCCAAUUUAACGUGUUCAAUUCUACAUAAUAAAAAUAAAUGAGCAGUAAGUAAAUUAAGUACUUACAAACUGAUCUCAAUAAAGAAAUAAUAAUAAAAAUGGAAUUUUUGCAAUACUUUUAACCGAAUUUUAGUCGAAACCGUACAAGUGUUGUAUGUACGUCUCACGAUGUAUGUAUGCGGUCUGAGAACUGAUAAUAAUCCGUAUUUAUGCAUUUGUCAACCGUUAAUUAAAAUCUGUAAUAAAAAAUAACAAAAAAUGA